GAGCACUUGAUUUUUUGCAACGACUAAACGCAAUGUCCCAACACAACCACCAAACAUACUACCGCCACGGUUUUGACAAAAGUGUUUCCAACACCCACGCCUGGAGUACCACUGCUUCCUGCUGUGCUUAUAUGCUUCCAAUUCUUCAGCCUACUGACAAAGUUCUUGAUGUGGGGUGCGGUCCGGGUUCUAUAAGUUGUGAUCUUGCAAAGUAUGUACUGAAGGCACAAUUGUGGGUGUGGAACCAACUCAGGAACUUCUAGAUGCUGGAAGGGAACUAGCUAACUCCAAAAAUUUGAAAAAUGUCUCGUUCCGGCUUGGACUGGCUUAUGAACUCCCGUUUUAAGAUGGAGCUUUCGACAUAGCUCACGCCCACCUGGUGCUAGUGCACUUAGAUGAUCCAUUGAUAGCAUUGAAAGAAAUGCGACGUGUUACCCGGGUGGGGGACAUGUUUGUGUUCGAGAUGCUGACCUUGAGAUGACGGUGGUAUAUCCUCAAAGCUACGAAGAUAGUAUUAGGUACCACAUUCUUCACACUGUGUACACACAGCUGACACAGCCCCAAGCUGGGCGAAAGCUCAAGGAGUUAGCAUUGUCAGCGGGUUUUUCUUCGGAUCAGAUUCUGGUUACGAUGGGAAAUUGGUGCUGGAGCAGUCUGGAAGAUAGGCAUACUUUUGGAGAGAUCUUCAGUUCCAGAGCACAAAAUAGUACUAACCCUGUGAUUUUGGGUGAUUCAGACACCGAUGCUGCCAAGAGGAAGCAGAUAGUCGAAGGCUGGCACCUGUGGCUGGAGUAUGAUGCCGGCUUCUUGGUUCUUUUUCACGGGGAGAUCGUGUGCAAGAAGGAGUCGAAAUAAACAAAUAUGUAAACAUAGUAUGUUUUGAACAUAAAAACACUAUAUUGCUUCAGCAAAAUACACGUAUUUACUCAAUAGAGUCAUAUCUAAAUCUUUACAUAAAUUUAUGGAUGCAACUUUUGGAGUAUUGCAAAGAUCGCAGUUUUUACUUUUGAACUUCAGUACCACAUAAGAGAUACAAUUUAUUCUAUCUCUGAAAAUGCCUGGAACAUAACAGUUAAUCACCACCAUUUGUCACACGGCCAUGUUCUCAAGGUGUCAAUACGAAAUACCUUAUCUUCUCCACCACUAGGCAUUUUACCCGGACGGGCAUCUCUAUAUCGCAUC